UGAAAGCAGCAGCGAGCUCUCAACGUCUCGCAGUCUUGCUCAGUCCUGCGCUGGCAACGCUGAACUGGCAGCUGCAAACGCGAGAAAUCUUUCGUCAUUUGUUCUGCUUUUCUUUUGUUGAGGAUGGCCUAACUUCGAAAGAGCCUCGGCUGGCCAGGGAUCGGCUCAGUUGUGAGAGACACCCUCAUAUCUCCACCACGACCACCAAAAUUAAAAUCAUCAGCACUUGAGGGCUGCUCUGCAAAUGGGAGGUCACCAACCAGUCGUCUGUUUCGCCCAAAUGCACAUUCUGCCCUCCACCCUCAUCUAACAUGGCUGCCUGUGGCCUUCUUCUGCAUCCAAAUAGACUGGAGCAGAGCUGCAUGCUACAAUGGUGAUCAUUUUCUUGAAAACACUGGAAAAGAAGAAGGGUGUCAAUGAUGUAAGGUCCGAGAACAUCGAGAGACGGCUGCGUGACCUCCACACCAUGAGCAGGGGGACCACCCUCUUCUCCUGUGGAACUGUGGAGGCGGAUAGGUGGCUGGACCUGGGGCAAAGUUGUGCCAUCCAGCAGAGAGCACCCUGCCAGUCUGGUGCCAGUCUGGAGAGCCUGUGGGAUGUGAUGCCUGAGCCGGGGAGCUGGCAUUGGGCCAAGGAGCCAGGCAGCGCCACAGCAAUCACCAGUCUGAUAAGAGAUCUCAGCCUUGGCGAUGGCAGCGUGGCCUGCCACCACUCCCGCUCUGCAUCCAGCACUGCACACUACACCACUACAGCUACCAGCCAAGCUCCUACAGCACCCCCGAGCAAACGUCAGUGUCGCUCCCUGUCAUUCUCUGAUGAAUUCUGUGGGUUCCGCUCAUCUUGGAAGCCUCAAGGCUCCCGAGUGUGGACAGCGGUAGAGAAACGAAGGUGCCACAGUGGAGGAAGUGUCCGGGCAGGAGGGGGUUUCUCCAGCAGUCAUUUUCCUACCAUGCAGCGUAGCUCUAGCUUCAGUUUGCCCUCACGCUCCAGCAUCCCUUCAGAUGGAUCUCUUGACCUGCCAUUCUUCAACCAGCGACUGCCUCUCCACCCUCAGUUCACUGCCUCUCCAGUCUCCCCUACCUCUCCUUCCUCGCAUCAUCACCACUCCUGCCAUCAGCACUUCCUCAGGCCACUCUCCCUCUCCCAUGAGCAGAUCAGCCUACCAGAGCUCCACAGGGAAGAGGCAUCGGAGGCCAGCUCUCCAGACUCCACCCCAGAAUUGGGCAGGCGUGCCAGCCAGAGAGCCGGAGGCACAGGGUGUCUAUCUCGGAGCAGGUCCCAGCCCUGUGUGCUAAAUGACAAAAAGAUUGGUAUGAAGCGCAGGAGACCAGAAGAUGCCCAAGAGCAGAGGCCCUCUCUGGACCUGGCAAAGAUGACUCAGAACCUUCAGACUUUUCAGAGCUUGAACUGCGCUGGGCUCUUAGCGACAGACGGCUGCCAAUCAAGCCUGGCCCCUCCCACCUCUGAGACCUCCAGCCAACCAGAUUCGGACUUCAGUGCUAUGCCCGAGCUGGGACUGGAGUCACGGCAUGAAGCGGCAGGAGAUGAGGAGGAAGAGGAUUCAUCCUACGAGGAGCUGGAUAGCGACUCGGCCUGUAGCGUGGACUCGGGGCCCACGUCUCCUGUAGGCAUCGUGGGCGGUAAAUGCACCCUCUGGAAGGGUGAUUGUGGGACACAGAGGGACAUUUUCCAGCUCGGGGGUGAGCUGGAUCUUGAACAGAUUGAGAGAAACUGAACAUUUUAUAGGAGAUUUUAAAAGACCGUGUCUGGACUGUUGUGGAAAGUUAUUGGACACUGAUGAUGUACCAAGAGACAGUUAUUAGGAAGGGUCACGAGAAAGAGUGGAGGAGGUUUCUGUCAAUUGUGAAAGAGAAAGAUAAGGAAAGUGGUAAAGAUGGUAUGGGAUUAAGUACGUUGUUAACGGCUGGCUUCUUAAUGACACGUUUGCCUUGAACGUUCUUACUGUUUGAAUCAAAAAGCAGUGACCUUAGUUGUUUUGUUUUGUUUUUAUUGGCUAUUCAGCUUAACUCAGGAGUAGGAAAGUGAGGGUUAGUCUUAAAAGCCCCCACUGUCUUUUCAACCUGAUGACCUUUCCAAAGUCAGCUAACCAUAGAUAUUUUAGUACUGUAGCAGUAGCUGGGCUUUAAUGUAUUUAGCUCGAGCUUUUUUUUUUUUUUUGUUCCCAGAGAAAGUGGGGGAUGGAAACAGGGAGGGUGGGAGCAACAGGAAGUAUCUCCUCACAGACUUACCCUUGACCUUCCUUUUCAUCUUUUGUGCACAAAUGAAAAUUUGAUUUUUUUUUUUUUUUUCUGAAUGUAGGCUCAAUAAGCUUUAUGAGGAGUUUGGAACAUGACAGUGCCUUCUUUUGGAUGCUUGCUCUCCCUGUUCUCUUCAAGGAACUGGCCUCAGUUGAAGUGACCUCUCCUGACCUUUUUGUAGUUUCUUAAUGUGCAAAUUGUAUAUUUGAAUUCAACACUGAAUCUAAAGUUUUCAGUUCUAAUAUCAGUGUAUAUUUUUCUAAGUAACUGUUUGUGAAGGAGCAAGAAUACAAGGCCUUUCUUUUAACAGAAUGGACAUGAAAUAAAUUUGCAGCCUGCACUCA